CAAAAGAAGACCAGUAGAAAUAUUGAAUUGUUAGCUAGAUAUGGACCGUCACCGUGCGGAAAUAGUCAAAUGUUGCGCAACGUUGAAGAAAAACUUCGUAGGCUGCAAUACGUACCAUCCGGUGUCAUAAACGCUUGCUUGUCCUCUGUGUAUGAGUCGAGGUGGGAUAGAUAUCACACUGUGUACUUCAACAUAUAGAUAACACAUGUGUAAUACAACUCAGAUCGUAAGAGUGUUGUAACUAAAAGAGAAUUUGUUGCUCCGUGAGUUUCAAAGUCUCCGUGUCUGGGGCGAUGACCAGUGUAAACAGACACUGUGUAACUCUUUUCCGGUCAGUAUUUCGGCACUGUCAGAGGCAUCUGAACAAUGGCACAUACUGGGGAACACAGAGUUGGAGAGAGUUCCACGUUGCAACACCUGUAGCAGCGUACGACCUGAGGAAAGUGGAGCUGACCCCUCUGGAACAGAGGAAACUGACUUUUGACUCUCAUGCCAUGGUCAUUGAGCUGGAGAGCAAUGGCUUUGAAAAGCGCCAAGCAGAAAUCAUAGUAGCGGCUCUGGUGACUCUAGCAACAGCCAACAUGGACAUAGUGUACAAAGACAUGGUGACUGGAGCACACCAGGAGAUUGCGCUGCAGCAGAUCAUGGCUCACCUGGACUCCAUCAGGAAAGACAUGGUGAUCCUGGAGAAGAGUGAGUUUGCCAACCUGCGCUCGGAGAACGCUAAAAUGAAGACAGAGUUGGAUCAGAUAAGGAACAGGCUGAUGGCUCGGGAGAGACGAAGGUCGAAAGCCAUGCGUCCUCCGAAACACAACCCAACCAAGCCGCACUGCUUCUUAACACAGCGCGCAUCCAACCCGGAAGCCAGCCGCACCAAUGUGUCGGAGGAAACACUGUGCACCUGGCAACCUUGGUUAGUGUGCACUGCGCCCGGCCCGCCACAGGAGUCGCUGGUGCGUGAUGAGACAAGGAUAUCCCUACCGGCCAAACCCUCCCUAACCCGGACGACGCUAGGCCAAAUGUGCGUCGCCCCACGGACCUCCCGGUCGCGGCCGGCUGCGACAGAGCCUGGGCGCGAACCCAGAGUCUCUGGUGGCACAUGCGUGUGUCCUGUUCUGGACUAUUCAGCAGGAGUGUGGGGUGCUAAGAGGUAUUUUAGAAAGGAACAUGUCCAUAACAGAGCAGUACGUUACUUUUUAGGUGUCCACAAGUUUGCACCUAUACUCGCAAUAACUGGGGACAUGGGCUGGGAACCCUGUGCGGUGAGAUGGAAGGCAUGUGUGGUGAGACUAUGGAAUAGACUGUUGGAUUUGCCAAAUGCCAGAAGAGCUAGUAAAGUUUUUCAAUGGGAUCUAUCUAUAGGGGGAACAUGGACAACUGAAAUGUUUGAUAUUUUUCAACAGUCUGACUGUGAACAUCUUUACAAAAAAAAUAAAUUAAGGGAGACAUGGAUAUGAUUAAAAAAACAACUGUUGAUGCAAUAUGAAAAAGAAUGGGUGGAGGAGAUUAAUCUUAAACCCAAGUUGAGAACCUUUUGUUUUAUUAAGGGUGAAUUUGUGUGUGAGUGAUAUUAUGUAUAACCUACCUAAAAGCAAGAGAUCGCCAUGUGCACAGGUAAGAUCAGAGAUAUUGUCUCUGCGUAUUGAAACGGGUCAGAUCAGGGAUAUUGUCUCUGCAUAUUGAAACAGGUCAGAUCAGGGAUAUUUCCUCUGCGUAUUGAAACAGGUCAGAUUAGGGGUAUUUCCUCUGCUUAUUGAAAAGGGUUGGUAAUUGUGGUGAAAUGGAAGAGGAAAGACUAACUAUUGUAACCUUGACGAAAUAGAGAAUGAAACUGAUUUUAUCCUCUAUUGCCCUUUCUACCAAGAUAUACGCUUGCUCUUAUUCCAGAAAGACCACCAGAUAUACCCUGGCAUUAUGUGGCUGAACGAUGGGGAGAAACUGAAAUGUUUUUUUUAUCCAUUGUAUAUUUCCGUGUGCAAAAUAUUUAGAUAAAGCCUGGAAUAAAAGGAAAAAUGUCUACCUAUAAUUAAAUUCAAAAAAAUAUUUAGCUUCUAUGUCAUAAAUGGCACGUGUGUAUGUAGAUUGUGUAUAGGCUUGUCUCCCACAUAAAUCUUCUCUUUGUGCCAGACUGGGUUCAAAUGCCUUCUGUUUCUUUAUGUAUUUAUUUAUCUCUAUAUGUUAUGCAUGUACACUACCGUUCAAAAGUUUAGGGUCACUUAGAAAUGUCCUUGUUUUUAAAAGAAAAGCACUUUUUUGUCCAUUAAAAUAACACCAAUACAGUGUAGACAUUGUUAAUGUUGUAAAUGACUAUUGCAGCUGGAAACGGAAUAUUUUUUUAUGGAAUUAUUAGCAACAAUUGUGUUAGCUAAUCCAAAUGUAUCAUUUUAAAAGGCUGAUUGAUCAUUAGAAAACCCUUUUGCAAUUAUGUCAGCACAGCUGAAAACUGUUGUCCUGAUUAAAGAAGCAAUAAAACUGACCUUCA